GGGAGGGUUUCCUUCGUCCGCGACGCGAAGCUCUCUGUACGCGAACGGACGCGCAAACGGCCGCCAUGUUCGAAACGCGAAGUCGCUUUUUUCCCCGUCAGAAAGUCGGAGCCGGGUAAUCGUCCGCGUUCUCUCUUCGCGAUUCUCUCGCCUUCGACGUCGAGUGUCGAGAUGAGAAAUCUCGUCGGUGUACGAUUUUUCGCGACGAAAUCUAGAUAUUAGAAAUCGCUCGUUACCUAUAACAUUCCCUAAUGAAACUCUUAUUAAUUCGCCGGGAGUCUGACGCGUCGUAUAUAAACUUUCCCACAUCGCGGUUUUGUAUUCGUAUAUCGAGAUCGAAGGAUGGAUUUAUCUGGCGCGUUUGGAGAAUUAUCGUUCGUAAACGCCUGCUACUCCUUUAUUCGACCGAAAACAAUGGAACAGCCGGAUGGUAGAUCAAGUACUUGUAUUGUCGGAGUAACGCGAACACUCCGGUAUCCGAAUCGCGCGGGCGAUCGAGUAACGCGUCGCCAUGACAGUUCGCGCGUUCCGCCGUUUCCAUGGCAACUGGAACGCGGCGGAACGCGGAGCGACACGGGCGAACGUGACGUCACCAAUGGCGGCCACUGUGUUGUCUGUGUACGCGACGUAACGCGGUUGUUACGAGGAAGUAACGCCAAGAGAGACGCCGAUUGUUGUAUUUUCGCACGAAGCUGUGGUCAAACGGUUCGCGCGAAGUAUGGGCUCGAAAAAGCAUAAAAAGCAUAAGCGCGAGAGACACGAAGCAGAGGGUCAAUAUACAACGACGGACAAGCCGCCUAGCUUGAAGUUAAUUUUAAAAGUAGGAGGGAGUACUGGAACGCCUGAACACGGCAGUGAGUCGCCGAAUCAGGCCACGAUGUUGUCGCAACAUUAUCAGCAACAAUUGGGCCUCAACUAUUCUGUCAGUCAAGGAGACACAGAGUACGACAGAUACGUCGGCCACAAGAAGCUCAAAAAGAAGAAGAAAAAGAAAGAUAAACGGCAUAAACAUCAUCAUAAGGACAAAAAGAGACGAAGAGAAGAAUCGAGUCAGGAAUCGGUUGGCGAUGCCGACGAAAAUUUAGCCGAGCCAGUACCCAAGAAGACCUCUACUAAUCACAAUCAGUUGUUACCGCUCAGGCCACCGUCGAGCGGCGAAUUAAGGGUCGGCGUUAGUAAUAUAAGCUCUCUAUCACCACAUCGUGAACCCAGAACAUGCGUUCUUAGAAAAAUAGCGGAGCGAACGCCUCUCCAAAGAUUACUGGAACACUUGUUGAGGUCGAUGGAAAAGCGAGAUCCACAGCAAUUCUUCGCUUGGCCGGUUACGGACAGCAUCGCGCCUGGUUAUUCUCAGAUAAUCACAAGUCCCAUGGAUUUCAGCACGAUAAAACAAAAGAUAGACGACAACAAUUAUCAGAAUCUGCAAGAAUUCGUAGAUGAUUUCAAGCUCAUGUGUGAUAACGCUAUGACUUAUAAUCAUUCCGAUACUAUCUAUUAUAAGGCGGCGAAAAAACUUUUGCACGUCGGUUUGAAGAUGGUCACUCCCGAGAAACUGCGGCAGCUCAGGCCGGUCCUGAUGUAUAUGAAUGAUAUAACGAAGGAGGAACUUGGAUUCGAGUUAGGCAUCGAAGAUCCCAACAAUCUGGAUGCUCCUGUAACAGAGGAACAGAUCGAGCGAGAGCGUGAGCAGGAGGAACGCAAUGAAGAAGCAGAGGAGCUCAGGAAAGAGAAUCAGAGAAAAAUGAGACUGGCUAGUUUAGGCAAAUUCGAGGCGAUACCGGACGACUUGACGCCCGAGGAAAUAUUGAAGCAAGCGAGAGGGGCGGCCAAAACAGCAUCGGAGAAACUCAGUCUGAAGAGAGCCAACUCUAAGAUGGGCUUUCUGCGACAGAAGAAAGACGGCACUACCAGUCUACAGAUUAUCGUGCCUGGGGACGGAAUUAUUCCUGGAACCAAUCAAAGGCCUGUGUCACUAGGCCAAUUGAUAGGCAAGUUAAACCACGGCACAGGAGCACUGGCUGGAUUUCGGGAAGAUCGUAGAAACAUGUCGAAGCCGGUAAAACCAUUAUAUUACGGAGCAUUUGGUUCGUACGCGCCAAGCUUUGAUUCGACCUUCUCUAAUCUCACCAAGGAAGAAACGGACCUAGUCUAUCAGACCUACGGUGAUGAGACAGCUGUACAGUACGCCGAGUCAAUUCUGGACUUUGCCAAGGAUUGUGAUUACACGUUGACCAUGGUCGAUGAUCUGUUGGAUAUUCUCACAGGUGGUGAUCAUAGAAAAACGAAAAAGUUUAUUGAUGAAAAACGAAAAUUAAGGGAGGAAGAAGAAAAGAUCAAAAAUAUACUAGAGAAGCCUAUACAGGAUAUAAAUCGUAACAUUUCAACGCUGGAGAAGGUGAAAGUUGAUCUUGAACAACUAAAGACACUCUCGGAAAUCGGUAUCGACAUAAACUUCUUAGAGAAUUUAGAGGAGGAAUUUAAAUACAGUGAAGAACGCGCCGUUCUACAGAGUCGCCUGGAUGAUACAUCGCAAAUGUUGAACCGAUUGAAACAGGUCCAACAUGAACGCCUUUCAGCGCCACCGCCAGCACAUUUGUCCAAUGUUCCUAAAGCAACGGAAGCUGAAGUGAUGUUGGCCGAGAAGAUCACCGAUAAUUUAACCGACAUAGCCAAGAAAUUGCCACCGUCGGGGAUUGCACCGGUCGACGGGCUGCGCAGAGCGAUGGGCAUAGCACCCUUGGGUGGGCCGGAGCCCAUGGAAGUCGAGCCGAUUACGCAUAACCCUAGCAUAGUCGCCGACAAUUCGUUAUUACCGCCAAAUGCAAAUAAUGGAAACAACCAGGUGUUGUCGAACUUACUGCCGACCUCUCCGAUUCAGAAUACGAAUCUAUUGAGUCCGACUGGUCAACAGAAUCAGAACAUCAGUAUUGUAGGCGCGAAUCAGCCGCCACCGCCGAUUCAGAUGCAGAUCGGUAUGACACAUAGCAGUCAGACGCCACCGUCCCUGUUAAGCGCGACGGAGCCAUCCGGUGUGACCGAUCUUGAGUCCGAAUUGCGCGAAUUUCUCGAAAGUGAUCCCACGUUGGGACACUCGCCUCUCCACGACGAUAAAACUCUAGAGGACAUUUUAUCUGAGUCUUAGUGGGUAUGAAAGUUUUAAUCUGAGUGUUUUGCAAUAUAUAAGUUAUAAAUAGAGAAAUUAUAAAUUAUAAAUAUGCAGA